AAAUGUUGAUGUUUUAGAUUGUUAAAUAUAAAUGUUGAUAUUCAUAUGAGGACCAGCAUGUUCCUACAGGAGCCCUCAGUGGACAAACUAAAGGUUUCUUCAUCCUCACCAUGGACUUUGAGAUCAGACCGUUUCCCAAGAAGACCACGGCUAGAGUGGCCCCGCCCAGAGUGGCCAGAGACCUUACCAGAAACACCACGACCACCAAUGCUGUGGUCAAAAAGGCCCCGCCCUUACACUGCUCCCACGUCUGUCAUGACUGUCUGCCGCCAAAGCCCGUCCUGAAGAAUGAGAGCGGGACGCAGACACUCGUCCAUGUGGUGGACACGAACGUGGACAAGACGUACGAGUGGAACGAGUGGGAGCUGCGACGGAAAGCUCUGCAGCUGGCUAACAUCCGCUCGAGGGCCACGCACUCCACGCAGACGCACCACAGUCACAUGAGACGAGACAACGCCACACAGACGUGGCUGCGCAGGGACGCCGUCAGUCAGAGCCGGAGACACGGACACAGCAACGUCCCCAAACCUCACGUCUUCCUGGACGGACUGAGAGGACAGACACGAUCACAUGUGGUCAAAGUGGACCUGACCCGGCCAGUGGACGAGUAA